GUUUUUCGAAUCACGCAGCCCUUAUUCUCACGAACGCUAUCGUACAAAAUCGGCCAAAUUCGUGUACCGGGGUCGAAAAAAGCGCGCGUAAAUUUCGCCAGCGUGUACCGGAGACCGGCGAAUGUCUGGAAUUUUCAAACUUCAGUACUGUGCCGUUUUCGAAGGGUGAUCGUCGUUUUUGUGUGAAAAUCUGGCCUUUCCGUUCGCAUAAGUACGAAAAAUUUCGCGAAUUUAUAUGUGCGAUUUUUUACGUGUAUUUCCCUGUAUCUGCUGAGGUGUUAUUUCGGUGUGUAAAUUUUCACAAACGCGGCGCGUACCUACCGUUUAAUUACAAUAAUUAAUUUCAAUUUUUUUUCCUCGUGGUGUGUACUUGUAGUAAUAAUUUUUUUCGUGUUGUGGUAAUUUUUCGAGUGUUGGUGCGAGUUUUGUUUUUUUUUAUUUUCAAAAACCAAAUUUUGUUAACGUAAUUUUACGAUUUUUUAUUUUUUUUUCAAAGUACGUAUGCAAUGAUGUAAUUUGUAAUGAUAGUUCGUUAUUCAUCGUGGUGUAAGUUUUGUGCCGGAAGUUAUCGUAUGGUGUAGUACAGAAUCGGUUGGACUUUGUGUCUCUUUGAAAUGCAUUCGCGAGACUUUUAAUCGUUUCAAGUGAUAUUUGUGGCCGGCGGACAAAUUAAAAUGCGUCGGCUAUUGUGCUGUAUUCUGCUUUUGGCUGUCCAUGGUAUCUGCAACGGGAAUGAAGACGUCGUCACCGAACAACCAGAUUUGAAUGCAAAUCUUAUUACGCAGGAAGUUGAUGAUGUUACUGAUUUUGAAACGAUCGAAGUUAUGAUUAAUGAAACAGCCACGUUACCAUGCAAAAUAAAGUUACGCAAAGAAGAUAAAAUUACGUUAGUAAUUUGGUACAAAAAUGGAAGCUCUGUACCAAUAUACAGUGUUGACAUGCGAGAAAGGCAUAUACCGGAGCAUGCCAAUCACUGGUCUCACGAGAAAAUCAUGGGUGGCCGAGCUCAUUUCAACUUUGACCAAAGGUCUUUGGUAAUCGAGCACGUUACGCCGUCCGACGAAGGAUUCCAUAAAUGUCGAGUCGACUUCAAACAAACCCAAACUCAGAAUUUUCAUAUCAAGUUGAUCGUUGUCGUUCCCGUACACAAUGUAACGAUCGUGGAAGCAGUCCGGGGUACGGAAUUAGGCCAUCCGUUCGUAUUACCCGCAAUUACAGUGGGGUCUUCUUUGACGGCAACUUGUAUCGCUGUUGGAGGUAACCCGAAACCAAAACUGACCUGGUGGCGAGGCCUCGACCAGCUCGACUACACUUACGAAGAAGACGAAGACGUCGUGAAAAAUACCCUAUGGAUAGAUAAUUUACAACGUGAAAACAUGAACGACAUACUCACGUGCAAAGCUGAAAAUUCCAACUUGACCAAGCCUGUGUACUUCAACGUAUCGAUAAAUUUACACGUUGGAGCGCAAGAAAUACGUUUUAUGACUGAAAAUAAGGAGAUGAGCGCCGGACAUCAGUACGCUGUCGUGUGUAAAGCCAAAGGAUCCAGACCUCCGGCCAAUAUUACCUGGUGGAAGGAUUCUAUCCAGUUGAAACCACCUACUCCUAUUCGAUAUUCGGUUGAUCCGGAUUUCACCGCAACUAGUGUUCUAACGUUUACGCCCGAAGGAACGGAUUCCGGUAAAACGUUAUCUUGCGAAGCUAGCAACGUAUUCGUACCGCAGGAGAAACGUAAAGACUUUUGGACUUUGAAAGUUAAUUACGCUCCUAUAAUAUCGUUGAAUUUCGGCAAGAAUAUUAAUUCGUCGGCUAUACAAGAAAACGAAGAUGUUUACUUAGAAUGUAAUAUCAAAGCUGAUCCUUGGAUAACGAGAAUUCGAUGGCUGCAUAACAAUAAACAAAUCACCAGUAAUCCAGCUUAUGGAAUUAUAAUUAGUAAUCAAACGUUGGUGCUGCAACAGGUGACUAAAAAUAGUUCCGGGUAUUAUAGAUGCGCUGCUUUGAAUUCCGAAGGCGAGUCGGUCAGCCAGUCUGUGAAAUUGGAUGUGAAAUACGAACCAGUUUGUCGUAUGAAUCAACAACGUGUCUAUGGAGCUGAACGUAACGAAGAGAUCAACAUCACAUGUCAAGUUGAUGGGAAUCCUACUCCAACUUGGUUUCGAUGGAGCUUCAAUAAUUCGAUGGUGCACAUCGUAUCGGUGAAUAAUUUUGUGAAUCAUAAUGGCUCCAGUGUUAUCGCAUAUAAGCCCAUAUCUGAGAGUAGCUAUGGUACGCUGUUGUGCUCGUCUCAGAAUGAACUCGGACCUCAAGUAGUUCCUUGUGUUUUUCACGUUGUAUCUGCUGGCAAACCAGACCCGCCACAUAAUUGUAGCGUGGUAAAUAAAACGGAAAGUUGGUUGUACGUAAAGUGUCUUCGAGGUUUCGACGGUGGUCUACCGCAAGAAUUUAUCUGCGAAGUAACGCAAGAAUGGAAUGAUAAAGUUAUAUCGAACAUAACGAGCAAGACUGAACCGGAAUUUCGUAUCACUGGAUUGGAGCACCGGACUGCCUAUCGUGUCGUAAUUUACGCCGCAAACGUCAAGGGUAAAAGCAAAGAGUACAUUUUACUCAACGUUACCACCGCUCCAGAAGCGAAAACUCAAAGAAGAAGAUCGACAGAUCACUCGGAUUCUUUUUUGAAAACUCAUCUCAUUCCGAAGAUCAUCAUCGCAGCUGCGACAGUUCUUUUAAUCGUGAUCCUUGUCGUCGGUUUGAUUACAAGAAUUAUGGUAAGGAAACGCCGGAGGAAACGAUCCAGCUCCGAAGAACUGAGAAAAGCUCAAUUAUCUCAAGGCUCGUUAUCUCAUAGUGAAGAUGAUAAAAAUCCAGAUCUUAUUCCACAAAGUACAAUUACUGGAAUAAGUUGUCCAAUUUUAAACAGUAUUAGUGUUCAGACAGCGUCCUCUGAUAGUGAUAUUUCAAUAUUACCAGUUCGAGAGAAGGCCAUGAUGGGUAGCAAGAUACCUACUUUGUUGGAGGCGAACAGAUUAGAAGAAUUAGUCUGGCCUGCGAGCAAAUGGUCAACGACGAUCGAACCAAUUAUGUUAGUUUUACCAGAAACCAUGUCUAUCGUUCCGAAGCAGAAUGCAGAAACGCAGACACCGAGUUCGCCUCAAAAUAGGAAGGAAAGUGCUGUUUGACAAAAGUUGUUUUUGAAGACAAAUAAAAGUGCCUUCGCAUGUGAUUGUAUUUUUAAAAUCGUCUAGUAUAUAUUUUAUACUUACCAAGUACUCCAACGAUGGGUUUUUAAACUGUUUCCUGUUUCAUUUCAAUUUCUGUUUUUCGUUUUCUGUUUCGGUAGGUUCUAGAUUUUUUUUUAAAUUGUUGUGAAAUGACGAAUUUUGUUUUGAUAUUAUUAGAAAAUGUUAAUCAUAAUAACUUUUAAUGUAGGUACUUAAGAUCUACAAAAUGAAUUUUUGAAAUUAUUCGUCGAUUCGAUUUUUUUUUUCAAUUUAAAAUGGCCUACUUAUGUUAUUUUUAUGUUGCAUCAAAUCAAAACUGUGCUUCUUAAAUUUCAUAAUCUUUCUGAAAGUUCUAGUUGAAAAAAAUAUUACUUACUUUAAAAUGUAUAUAAAUAUUUCCUUCGUUUGGUUGAAUUGAAAAAAUAAUGAGAUUUCACAUAUCGUAUUUCGAUGAAGGAAAUCUUAAUGCUUUGAUCUCAUCAUUUGCCAUAAUUAUUUAUAUUUAAUGAAAUGCUUCAAAAUGACAAAAUGCAUUUCAAGAUUUGAUCCUAUUUUUUAUUUUUUAACAUUUUUAAAUUCUGCUGAGCGCAAAUUUAUUACUGAAGAAAAAGACUGCUAAAAAAUUUAAUUUUAUACUUAAUAGGUACUCGUUUUUUUCUUGACUAUACCUAGUACUUUUUAAUUGAAAAAAACAAAAAAGUAUUUCAUGUCUUUUCUAAAAAUGCUUUCUUCUUUCUUCUCGCUUUGUUACUCUGUUUUGUAAUUUUAUAAACCGUAAAUUAUUACUUAAUAACAAUGUCAACUUUCCUUUGCUGAAUAUGCUUAUUUUUCCACAUUUCAUUAUACUUAAAUACAGCUUUAAACAUUAAAAAAAAAGUUCUGUUUAAAAAAAAAAACAUGUGAUUUUUGUAUUAUUUAUAAGUUGGAGUGAAGAAGAAAAGGUUUCUUCGAAUUUGAUAUCUUCGUUGAGUAUUUUUUAUUCGUGUCUAUAAUUUUAAAUUUACCUAUGUAUUCUUUUUUUUUUUGUUCUGUUUUCAAAUAUUGACGUUUUAUAUUGUUUGUUGUAUUAUGUUGUAUAAUUUUUUUGUAAACAUUACUUAAAUUUUUAUGUGGCGAUAUUUUUCAUUUAUUACGGUUUGUUAUAUAAAAAGAAUUUCGAAAAAAAUGAAAGUAAAAAUGAAAAUAAACGUAAUGAAAUUUUGUCGUUCCUUUCUUCCUGAAGCAAACCAUUUUACA